UUUGGUUACGUGUGUGUAACUUUGACAGGAGCUGAACACAGCACUGGUACAUUUUCUAGCAAUGGCUACAUGGUCUAUUUAUUUCAGCCAGUGUUCCUUAUCUUAUAAGCCAGAUAUGAUAUGCGUGUGAAAACAAAUGCACUUGUCUCUGAGGGUGGGACUCCACUUGCCUCAGGGAAUUUUUCAUUCAGUGAGGAAGACGGGAGGAAGAACACAACUGGUUUCACUGAAAACUUUAAAGUGUGGUUUAUCUCCUGAAAUCAUGAUGAGAUAUACAUCAGGGAUGACCGUAACAACAGCUGAAACUGAAGAGCCAGGAACUCAGGGAAACAUUCGUAGAUUGCGUCUAAUUUUACAUGCUGAUGAGCCACCAUCUAAACCGGAUGACAGCAAACCACGAAAAGCUGAAACAGAAGAGAAGUCAACUACACCCACGAGGAGGAGGAAACGAAAUGGCUUUGUUUACCCUGAACGAAAUGGACCAGAUCAGCCUGUACUGCAUCUGGUUACUGUUCCUAAUGUGGUACCCAGUGAUUCUUCACCCCAACGAGUGGUUUAUGGGGUUGUACACCGGCCAGACUCUCAGAACCAGGAGGAUGUGUUUGUUUAUGAGUGGUCAGUCAACCAGCUGAGAGAAGAAAUGAACUACAUUAAAGAUGUAAGAACAUCAUUGGAGAAGGCAAGGGAAAGAAUGUGUGGGGAGUACAACGGCAUGAAACAAAGAAUCCAAGAACUCACUCGGGAAAUGCAGGUUUCAAGGGCUCAGCAGGAAAUCUUGCAGAAUGAAGCAGGCGCUCAGUCAUCCGCCCUCGAUAGUUACAGCCAGCUCAACAGCUCCCUGACUUCAGUAACUAUUGGUCUGCAGAAAACAUUGCUGGAAACUACCCUGGAGAAUGCCAGCAUUCGGGAUGAAGUCAAAAAUGUCAGGCAAUCCUAUGAAAAAGCCAUGGAAAAUGAGAAAGAGGCAAGGACAAAGCUAGAAGCUGCACAAUCUGAAAAUCAGAUUCUAAAAGUGAAGCUGGAGUCAUCACAAGAAGCAAACGCUGAAGUGAUGAGAAACAUGACCCGAAAGCUUUUCAGUCAGUACGAAGCUAAGCUAUGUGAAGAAGAAGAGAAACAUAAAGCUGAGAAAGAAGCCCUUCAGGCAAAAACAACUCAGUUCCUGAAGGAGGUUGAAGAAGCUCAUGAGAAGAUAAAAAAUGUAGAGAGAAGAAUACAUGAGAGAGAUGAGAGGAUCGGAGAACUCGACAGGCUAAUCAUUCGAAUGGAAGAGGAGCGGCAUCAGCUACAGUCCAAAUUAGAGGAAUGUGAACAACAGUUAAGUGAAAUGAAUGUUACUCCUAGGUACAAGUCUCCCGCUAGGAGCAAAAGGUCUCAACAGCUGGAGGAGGAAGCAGCCAACCUAAGGGAGCGAAUCAAACACCUGGACAACAUGGUUUAUUGCCAGCAGAAAAAAGUCAAACAGAUGAUUGAAGAGAUCGAGAGGCUGAAAAACUGUGUGCGACAAAAAGAUAUGCAAAUAGAGCAGCUGCUGGAAAGGAUAUCAUUCUUAGAAGCAGAGAACACAGAACUACAAGACAAGUUAAAUUACCUGAUGUCCAAAAAUGAAUCAGGAAAAGAUGUGGAAACAAGAGAUGCGGAAGUGUCCUGCAACUUGCAGCCCAGGAAAUUUAUCCAGUCCCUUCCUGAUAAAGGCAAGAGGUGUUUGGAGUGUAUAGAGAAACUGAAAAAUGCCAUUGCAUGGCAUGAGGAGCUGGAACGUAGAACGGAGCUGCUGUCAGCUGUUCGGCUGGAGUUUCAAGCAAAACAGAAGGAUAUUAAUGGUGCUGAUGGAUUUGCCAUACAGAAAAACAACAUUGUUUUUGCAGACAGACUUGCUGAAAAGAAGACAGGGAGUGAUAGGAAGGGCAGUGGGUUACAGUCACCUAAGUGUGGAGAUGACAAAAGCACUGACAACAUUCCAGAAAAAUUAGACCAUCUAAGUUUUGAUUCUGAAAGUUAUGCAAUGAAAAAUGUGUCACAAAAGACAGAAAAUAUUGUGCUUGGUUUAACAAAUGACCCUUCGAAGUGUAGUGCAACUGCAGAGAAAAAAAUAAAUGAUACAUCUGACAAUCAAAGUGAAAAAACUGCAGCAGCAAAUUCUAUUUACGAUGAAGAUGAAUUGCUGAUUAAAAGUUUUGGAAGUAUAACAAUUAAACAUUUAGACGCUGAUCCUAAUCUUCAGAAGAAAAAUGUAGUUAAUAAAAAUGCGCCAACAGAUAAUGUUUUCCUUUCUCUUCAUAAGAGGGAGCCAAAACAGUAUCAUUGCAUCAGUGUUUUGGAAAAUAGAGCUAAAAAUCCAGUGAAAAAGAAGCCUCCUUUUAAAACCAAUCAGCUACCUUCUGAGUCUCAGAGCUCAUCUUAUGGAUCAUCAGGUAGUCAGUCCCCAGGAAGACCUGAGUGCCAGCUGUCUAAAGCAGAGAGAAGAUUACGAGAUAAACAACAUCUUGAUGACAUCACAGCAGCUAGACUGCCAGUGCUGCAUCACAUGCCAACACAGCUGUUGUCCUUGGAAGAAUCUGCAGUUCUCCAGAUAGAGCAGAAACAGAAAUAUGAGGAAAUGCAAGCCAAACUUGCAGCAGAAAAGUUAGCAGAAAAACUGAAUAUCAAAAUGACACCGUAUAAUCCUGAAGGAGAAACCAUGAAGAAAUAUCGGGAAAUUAGAGAUGAGGCAGACUAUCGCUCUUCUGAUGAGGACUAAUAUACAUUUUUACUUGUUUUGUAUUUCCUAUAAUUAUUUUUUGGGUCUUGACUUCAACGGGAUAUGCAGGAGAGAAGGUACACUUCUGUUGGAUUUCAUGCAGGAUUUAUCCAGAAAAGAUGAUUAUUUUCUGACCUACGCAGUCUUUUCCAGGAGGCUAAUAUGUAAGCAGAGUUCAUGUGUAGAACAGCAACAAACAGAUUUCACACACAGAAUUUUGUGUGCACUCUUGUCUAACCUGUUUUCAUUUUUGAAUGCCUAUUUUCUGCCAUCCUUCUAGUCAUGUUCUUUUAGGUGUGUCACUGUGCUGUGAUGUACACCAUUUCUACAAAAGCACUUUGAAUCCUUUUAUGCCCUUAAUGAUGGAGCAGCAAUUACAUCUGCCCAAAAAAGCAAAAGUGUACCUCAUAAAAUAAAUAGUCAAAAAUUAAAACGUUUUUAGGCAAAUGUAUGUAUCCUUUUAUUUGCAUUUUGGUAAUAUUUAAAAGUUUCACUUUCCUUUCUUUUUAAAUAAAUUAUUUGUUUUACCUCCA